AUGAUUAUUGGUUUAACUGGGCCUAUAUGUGCAGGCAAGACCGCACUCGCUUAGUAUCUAAAAGAUAAAUAUGAUUUCAAGGUCAUUAACCUGCUCCUCUUGUUUAGAGAGGUCACCGAUGAUGAUGUCAAACUUACACUUGACUCACCUAAGAAAAGAUCAGAGGAGGAUGAUGACACUAAUGAUAAUGAGACUCUUUCUCAAACGAAUUCAUUUGCUAGCAUAAAUGAGUUAGAGUCAAUUGUUGAAGCAAUGCAGAUUCCAUUUGACCAAGAUUCAUUCACAGUAUUCAGAACCAUAACAAGUGACUGGAAAAGUCAUUAUGUCAUUUACCCUCUGAGUUCAUGCGAAGAGAUCCAAAUUAUGAUAUAUUACUUUAUCUUAUAUGAAUGUGACGCCCCAGUAAAGCAAAGAUACCUGAGGUUCAAGCAGAAGUACAAUCAGCAGAGCAGUAUGUCCCUCGAGAAUUUCGUGGACUUAGAUGAUAAUAUUAACUUCAACAAAGAGGAGUACUCGAUGUACAAGACAGACGAAGAGCAUCAGCACUUUAUAAGAAGAAGAUUUCACAACUCAGGAGACAUACUUGACUUUUACAGGACCUUGGACGAGUUUAAGUUCGAUAACAAGGAUCUCGUGAGACCUUCAUGGGACACCUACUUCAUGAAAUUCGCAGAGUUAGCUGCUUAGAGGUCGAAUUGCAUGAAACGAGGAAAUGGUGCAAUUAUUGUUAAGGACUUUCGUAUCGUAUCGACUGGAUACAAUGGCACACCUUUCAAGCACAUCAACUGCAAUGAGGGAGGCUGCUAAAGAUGUAACUCUAAUGUUGCUUAGGGUCUGGAGUUGGACAAGUGCAAGUGCCUUCAUGCUGAGGAGUCUGCUUGUAUUGAAGCUGGCAGACCUAGAACUCUAGAUGCCAUUAUCUACACCACAAGUUUCCCCUGCUUGCUUUGCACCAAGAUCAUUAUCCAAGCUGGAAUCAGGAAAAUAGUCUACAAUAAAAACUAUGACAGCGUUCUAUCGAAAGAGAUGCUCGCAGAGUCUGGCAUAGAGCUGGUUUAGCACGUUGUUUGA